AAAUUGUCAACGAAGAUUUCCUGGGAAAUACAACUCAGCAUGUCAGAGAUCAGUUUGCAAAGGUAUAAACAACUCCUAGGUGUUCCUAAUCUAACGCUGUCACAUUUUAUUGGUGAUUGACCAGAUGAGUUUGCCUUGCUGUUAACGUUGCCAAUUAUCGUUAUUUGAUAUUUCCAUUAUUUAAUUUACGCAGAAUUUUUUGCACGUAACAAGUGCAUUGUUAAACGACUCCAACAUUUCAGCUUGGAAAAGUUCACAGUUGGUGAGUUAUGAUUGAAAUUCAACCGCAUUGAGAUAUGCCUGAUUAUAAGUUAGCCGGAAUAUCUUGAGAUGCAGUUUUUAAAUUUCCAAUGCUCAAGUAAGCCCUUAGUAACAGAACUCAGUCAUUUUUUUUACUUGUCAGUUAGUUUAGGGUACUGGCACGGCGAUAAAGGGGUCCGGAAUUAAUAUCGCAAGCACUUUCUCAAUUCUGAAUAUAGAAUAAUUAGCAAUUAUUCGAUGAGGCUGACUAUGAUCUGAUGAAUUAUGUAGAUCAUAUGAUAGCCGACAACAGUAACUGUUUUAUUAUUCAUUUAAAAUAGUUCAUACUUAAAAAACAAACUAAAACACACUUACCUCUAACUAUGUAAAGAUUUUUUCAGUUCCUCGGCAAAUUCAGGAUAUGAAGGGAUUUUUUAGGGUGCAGUUCGGCUAUUUCUUCUUCGAAAAAUGGUGACAUUUUCCGCCAAUUUUUCCAGUUCCACCAGUGAACUGAGCUAAGACAACCUCGUUCCCAGGACCUCGCGGUUGCGUUGCCCUUUCCAAGCGAUAGUCUGCACUGUUGACGUCAUUUUCCAUAUUUGGUCAACACUAGUUUGUUAUGAAGAUUGACCGGGGAUUUGAGCCAAUCAGAAAAGAAUGUAUAUUGUGAAUGAAUUAUGUAACAACAAUUGUCGUUGCACCAUUUUGUAGAAACUAAAAACAUAUUCAGUAAAAGCUACAUGUUCCAUAAUAUUUUGAUUUGAAUUACCACGCUGUUGUUGCUGUAGUUUGACACUUUGAGAUGGUUUGAUGAAUUACUCUGUAUAUAUUUUCUUUAUGGUGUGUGAUUUUCAGAAUUCAUCAACUUUAAGUCGGCUCUUAAAAACUGUAGAAGAUUUUGGUGUGGCAUUUGUGAAGUAUCUGGAGUGCGACAACCAAACAGCAAAUGAAAAAACAUUUUCCUUCCUUAAUAUUAGUAAGUAACCUUUCUUACUUACCUCUUUUUCAUUAUCUUGUGUCCAACACACAAUGGUUAAUCGAUAAAUGUGUGCAAAAAAUCAUAUUAUACCUGAUUUUUUGUAUUUAUGUAUCUGUCCUAAUACAGUCAAACAGUUUGCUGUGUCCCUAGGGAAAGAAAACCCUUACAUUUUCUCCAAAUUCAACCCGCUUAAUACGGACACUUUCUAUGGUCCCCUCAGUGGCCGUAUUGACGGGGUUUGACUGUAAUCAUAAUAAGGGAUGUUUUUUAUUUGCAGAGCUUACAGCGAAGUCAUGCAUAAGAAGGACAGGAUUUCCGUUGAAGUUAUUUCCAAGCGACGGUUGUAGCACAGAACAAAACGUAUCAGAAUACUGUAACACAUGGAGUGACGUAAUGGAAAAUGCUAUACUUCCCAAACCAAUGUCGAAAGGUACUUGGUUAUUUUCAUUGUAUUUAUUCUAUUUGAUUGUUGUGCUGUCUAGGUUUAUUUCUGGUUUGUAAAAGUGACGGAAACCAUAAAGAUACCAUUUCUUAUUUUAACAAUGUAGUUGUCUGCUGUUUUCAUGAAUCGCUGAACCAAAAAGGCACUCUGGAUUUUUUUUUAUCCAAGGAGUGAUCAACAUCAAUUUUCUCCUAACUAUGACAAUACAUAAUUAAGAAAAAAAGGUUAUGAAUAUUAAUAAAGUGAAAACCUAAGGGAAACAAAGGUAAAGGUAACAGACCUUAAGUAAACGCGGUACAAAAUGACAACCGUAACAAAAGACGGUAAAGCCCAUUUAUAAUACCGCACAUGGAUAUUUGUUUUAAAAACAUACGGGAUUUUCUUGACUGUGAUUUUUGUUCUUUUGUGUGUAUAGAGCAUCAACAAUAUCAAGUAUCAUUUAUUUCUUAUAAAACGGUGCACAAAUUAUUUCCGGUUGACCCAACAAGAAGAGAUGCUGAUUGGCGGUAAGAAUCAUAAUUAGCUUCAAUUGUAACUGUGACUUGGGUGACUACCCAACUGAUAAGCUGCAAUGCUGACGAAACAAAUGGACAAAUAGGAGAAUAGCAACUUCUUCAAGUAACUAAGAUAACAAUUAACGAAGUAAUUACAGUAUAAAAUACAACUGUAGCCAAAUGAAUGGUUUGCUAAUAUAACCUCUGCAAAAUACGAAAUAAAGAUAAUUGACAGUUGAUUAACUAGACAGCUGACGUCUGACUGAUACACAAAACCGUUUUACAAGUUUUCUAAAGGAAAUGGAGAGAAGAAGAAAAAAUCUUCUUACCAUCCGAACAAUUUCA